UGGAUUUCUGCUUUUGUGGGGGGAAAGUCUGCUGUGAGGAAGCAUCUGUGGAUUUAUUUCUUCUUCUCCUGGUGUCUGUUAUUAUACUUUUGUCACGACUCGUUCCGAGGAGCUGUAGUGUAACAGCAGAGAGAGAGAGCUACCGUCACAGUUUGAAGCCCCUUCAACUUUCUCUCUCUCUGGGAAACCUCUCAGGACAGGACUGCCGAGGAAAAGAGCCGAGUUUCUUCAUUAGUCUGCGAUAGUUUCGAGGAAAAGUAAAGGAGAUGUUUCUUCUUGUGUGGAGUUUUGUGUCUAGUGCGCAAGUGCCUCUUCUUGUAGUCAUGGGUGAGACUAUUUUCCUCGCAUAGCUACUCUUCCUCAGAAAUGCAAAAUGGACAAGCAGGUAUGGCUUCAAUAACUUGGAAGAGGACAUCUAAUAGGGGCACCCGGGUGUUGAAAUACCCUCUGACUCCUGCUGGGGUUAAUCCUACAACCUUUCAGUCGCAGCACAGUCCCUCUCCGGCUCUGUCAGUCUGAGUCCUCCCUCUAAAACAACCUGUUUCACAUCCACAGUAUGGAUUUUUCCACCUUUUUCCCACCGCGAACAUCCGUCUAACAACUUUUCUCUGGGAAUGGAUUUAAUUCGGCUCAAACUCUGAUACCUUCACGUGUCUUGAAAUGAUUUUCAUCUUUACAUGCACUCCUGGCGUGUACUCAGCGGCUCGGUGUUAUUUUUAACAGUUUUCUGCUGAGAAUUUCCAUCCUCCGCACACUUUAAAGAGUUGUAGCCUAAAUCUCGUCGGCUCUCAUGGGACUGAGGCAUUCGUCGCGUUGUUUGCUGCUACGGCGGAAGAUGGCGGAGGCGGACAGCUCGGAGGUAGGGACCUUGUAGUGUCCUGUACCCGGUAAAACCCGGACCCGGGACACUCGAAUUACGUAUAUUUUGUUCGUGACAGCACACUUGUCUUUAUUAUCAUGUAUACAUUUUUGUUUUGCAUACUAACAUCGCGAAUAUCAGGACCAUUGAAGCACUAUGAUGGCGUGCAAGACGUGGAAAGUGUCUCCCAGCGUCCUGCAGAUGUUACGGUUAACCAUAAUGCAACAUAAGUAAUAAUGCGUACAGAAGAUUUGCAAUAAGGUUAUGUGUUAAGCUUUGCAAACACGUUCUGGACAUGGUCAUGUCCACUGUCCAUGGUGCUGAAACGGAUUCUGCAUCUUCAGCCGGCUCUGUGCUGAGUCUCCCGUCUGUGUAAUGAAUAAGACUGUGUGUGUGUGUGUGUGUGUGUGUGUGUGUGUGUGUGUGUGAUUAUUUUCAGCUUAUAAUACUUCAAUUCACUGAUUCUGCUUCUCUUUGAUCUAUAUCAACGCGUGGGCAGGUCUACAUUUGUGAAUGCCUUCAGCUCAUUCCUAAAUAAAAAUCAUUUUGGACUUAUUCUUACACUCUAAAAACUCUUGGAUUAUUUCUUCAACCCAAUUCCUGAGUUAUACGUGUUGAGUUAAAUAUCUUGGUUAUUUUUCAGAUCCAUCCCCAUUUCUUGGGUCAUAUGGAUUCUAUUGUAACCCAUUUUGAGGGUUUUUUGAAGGGGUUAAUAAUUAUGGGUUAUUUUUCUGACAGUUACCCAAUAAUUGGGUCAGAACGUUGGGUUCGAUUGACUCUACGUGGUUUGUAGGCCUAAUGGCAAUUAAAGUGACCUGAUGACCUUGUGAACUUUGACCUUGAUUUUAUAUACAAUAUGAUAUAUACAUAUAUAUAUUGGGUAGCUGGGGUAGCUCAGCGGGCAGAGCAUCUAACCUAAGGGGGUUGGGGUUUGAAUCCUGCAUGAGACACAUCUGUAAGGAGUGAACUACAUCUACCAGUGUGGGUCCUUACGCAAGACCCUUAGCGCUAUGGCGUACCUCAUAAAUAUGAGUACGCUUACCAUUGAAAGCCAAACCAGCUCAGACGUCGCCUGAGUUAACAAGGUCAGCAAAGCAAAGCUCCAAAAAAAAAAGCUCCCCAAAUGCAUAUAUCAAUUUAACCCAAGAUCAUGAUUCAAAUUAACUCGAAGAUUGGGUUAAUUUGAAUAACCCAACAUUCUGGGUCAAAAUAACCCAGUAAUUAGUCGGUUCCUUUUCAACCCUGGUGUUUUUAGAGUGUGUUGGUCAUUUAUAGCACCUGAAUCAACUCCCCCACUUCUUCUCUCUUAUUGCUCCUGAACAGAGGCACCAGCCUGUCACAUCUCCGCUCUCUCAGUCAGCCCAGCCCUCCCCACUGCCUAAACCAGUGCCUACUACCCACCAUGUGCCCUGCAUCCCCCAUACGCCUCAUGUAGCAGGCAUGGCCACCUGUCCUGGUCGAGGCAAGAUAGCAAAGUUCCUCAGCCCGGAGGAGAUGACAUCGAGGGACUACUACUUUGACUCUUAUGCCCACUUUGGCAUACAUGAGGUAGGCAAGCCAGGUUUGAAAAGCAAAGAGAAUGAAACCCCUUCUAUUAAAUCUGCAUUUCUGAAACUGUCUAAGAGUUUGAACCCCUUUUAGUUAAUCUGCCUGCUCACACAGACGAUGUUUUAUCUAUAUUUUAGUACCUAUUGCAUACUAAUUGAUGACUGUAAUCCUAAGAAAUGGUGUACUGGAACCAAAGGGGAUUUAAUCUCAAAAACCUGCUAAGAAAUCAAAGCAAAGUAAACAUACAAGCAAUGAAACUGAUAGGUAUUUCUUUAAAGCAUACAAAAAGAAGGCAAGAUUGCUGAUCUCUGUAUUGAUACUUAAAAGUUUACACUCUUUGCAAAAUUGAAACACAGCUAAAGCACAGUUUUUACACUCAUCCACAGCUGACUAAGAACCAAAACUGUCGAGCUAUACUAAAGCUAAUGACCUUAAUUUAGGAAGGCGUGGUGUUGGAAAAGUUUGGGGACAUAUAGGUCUCCUUAAACAGUGUCCAUAUUUAGCAUGUGGGUCAGGUUUUGUGCGCUUGCAGACAAAGAGGGUGUCCUGAUUAGAGGAGUGCAAAGAAAGAAAGAAAGAUGGAAAGUGGGAUGUGUGAAUGGGCUCAGGGAGAUAGAUACCAGGCGGUCCCCGGUGGCUUUGUGUUGCACUCUUGUCUAUUUCAAGAAGCUCCUGUCAGUGUCACCAAGGCUUCUGGCCUAAAUACUGCCUGUAUCUGCCUCAACAUGCAUGCAGACUUAUAUGCAUACACAUGCAAACAAACCAGUAAAUGCAUAAACUGGUUUGUUCAUUAUGCUAUUUAAUGUGUAAUUUGUCCUCUCUUUUUGGCCUCUGUGAAUCACACUAAUCCUUCCAGAUGGCUGCAACACUUCAGCACAGGCACCAUACUGGUUUACAUGCUAUUGGAGACUAUAAAGAAUAUUAUUAAUCAAGUCACUAACUCUGAGUUUUAUCCGUAUUCAUACAGGAGAUGCUGAAAGAUGAGGUGCGAACGCUGACGUAUAGGAACGCCAUGUAUCACAACAAACAUGUUUUCAAGGAUAAAAUCGUUCUGGAUGUCGGUAGCGGCACAGGGAUCCUCUCUAUGUUUGCUGCUAAUGCCGGUGCCAAACACGUGUACGGGGUGAGACAGAAAGAGACACCUUUUUUUCACUCAAAAACACUUCACAGUUUUGAAUUGUAUCAUCCCUGCUUUCUGUUAAAUCUCUACACCGGUGAAAACCCAACCAUCCAUUCAGUGUCCAAAUUAAUACCAUAUCUGGCUCGGCUGCCACAUUAUCUCUUAUCUUUUGUCUCUCUUUCCCUGAAUCAUGCACACACAUACUGCACCAUUUAAAAAAAAUCCUCUUAAGCGCUGGUUUCUUGUGCUCUCGCCAGAAAUUGUUAAUCUCUCUCAGACAGUCUUACACACAGAGGCAAUAAAAGACAUCUGGCCCCCUUGAAAGUCACAGGUUAUACAUUACCGGCAGUGUCUCUCACAGUUAUGUAUGAUUCAUAUACUGUGUUGCACUUAUGGAUAGAAGAGCAAAAUGAUGUAUGUGUUCCUGUGCUUCACAUGGCCUGAGAAGAGCCAGCAGGGACAUUACUGUGUGGAUGGAUUAUCAGGGUUUGAUUAAAUUUGUCCUUGGGAUAUUACCCCAAAGGUUAAACUUCUUUACACGGGGAGGGGAAAUGAUGGCUCACAACAUUCCUGCUCGCCUCUUUUGACGAGGAAGUAAUGACUUAUUUUAGACAAGGGGUAAACCUAUAAAUGAUGUCUAUAUAACAACAGCUACUCGAAAAUCCUGUUUGACUUUGUUCCCACAGAUCGAAUGUUCAAGUAUAUCUGAAUACUCAGAGAAGAUCAUCAAGUCGAACCACCUACACAAUGGUAAGUUAAGAGUGGUUUUCCAAUACUUCUGCGCACCUCAAACAUAUCAGUCUUCAUAUAAGUGCGAUGACAUCUGAAUAUGAAGAAGCAUGAAAAAUCUGCAUAUCUCCAUCAUUACCGUCACACUCUGACAAUAUUAGUCACACUUUCAACGGUUAAGUGGCAGCUCGCCUCUUGAUGUCAAAUAAGCGUAAUCUCUGCCAUCACUCAAAAUUCUCUAACUGGUGUUGAUUGUAAAACGCCACCCCAAACUCCACAGAUGGAGUAUGGGCAACAGAUGGAGUCUUUCACAGCCUGCAUAUGCGAUUAUCAUUUUUUGCUUCAUAUUUUAUAUUUAUAUCCCAGGCGUUUAAACCUGAUGGUCCAAUUGUGUGUACAAGUAUUAAAGCCCAGUACCCAGAACAGCUCUUUUAUGUAAAGGCCAUUAUGUUAUUAUAGUAGAGAAGUGGCUGCAGCUGCACAUAACUAUCCCAUAAUUUUAAUAACAACUUAGAUAACGGUCAUGUUGUAGAAAGAAACUCAGAAGUACUGGCUGUUGUGUUUAUUCUAGUAUCAUAAUGAAGUUUGGGAGCUCAAAUUGAGGAAAAGGUUAAGUGUCAUAUGUUCUGGUAUUUAGUUCUCCAACCAGCAUAAAGGACUUCUUCUGUAAACUCAUGAUAUCACAGUUUGCUUUUCUUUAGCACAAUGUGUGUGUUUCAUUAUUCUGAAAAGACUGUUAUAAAUCAAUACCAGCAGUUUAUUUUGGGAGUUAAAGCUUUACUAUACAAGCUAUCAAAACAGAGGAGCUAUUACAAACAUUUUUUCUACUUUUUGAUUAAUCAACAACUUGGGAGAUGAUUGACUGUGAAAAUCAGGUCAUAAUUUGAGUGAAAUAUCAUUUACAACUCAUUAGAAAACAACAGCAGCAUCAAGAUAGCUCAAAACAAUUUUUGGCUGAUAGUUUUUUAGCUUGUUCAGAACUGUAAAGCAGUGGGUGCGUUACCAUUGAAAGCCAAACCAGCUCAGAUGUCGCCCCAAAAAAAGCGAAGCUCCCCAAACUCAUAUAUCAAUUUAACCCAAGCUCAUGAGUCAAAGCGAUCGAAGACCCUUAAAAAGUGUUAUUGUGUCAACCCAAAAUUUGGGUUAAUGUGAAUAACCCAACAUUCUGGGUCAAAAUAACCCAAUAAGUAGUGGGUCCCUUUUUAACCCUGGUGUUGGGUUAAAAACAACCCAAGUUGGGUUGGGUUGUUUGUAACAACCCAACCCAACUUGGGUUGUUUUUAGAGUGUUUUAGAGGUUGUUGUUAGUAAAGGGGUUUUUAGAGUGUGCACACAAGAGAACAACAUAAAACCAGCAUUUGAGCUCCCUUACCAUAAGUGUGACACUGGCUACCAUGUAGGUAAAUAUAGGACAUUAUGAGUGAUAAUGCUAAGAAAGCAUCUGCUCAUCUGCUCAUGGCAUCUGCUCAUGGUGUGAUCAUGUGAUUAUCAUCUGCUCAUCAUGGUGUGAUACUGUAUUCUGAUAGCAUACUGUCCCUCUGAAUAUCUCUUGCUUGUCCAUUUCAAAGGUCAAAGGAGCCAAAGUAGAGAGACAGAAAACAAAGUCAGCCAUAUGUAUGCAGAAAAACACACUUGCAUGUGAUUAGUGGGGUUAUUAAGAUGUACUAAUUUGCAGAAAUCCCUGGGCGAAAAAAAAAAAAAAAACUCAUCUGCAAAUAGAAUCAUUGUCUGAUUUGCAUUAAUGUGAUGAAGAUACCGUGAAGUAAUUUGUCGCCUGCUGUUCUGUGACUCUGCCCACCGCAGUCAUUACCAUCUUCAAGGGCAAGGUGGAGGAGGUGGAGCUGCCUGUGGAGAAGGUGGACAUUAUCAUCUCAGAGUGGAUGGGUUAUUGCCUCUUCUACGAGUCCAUGCUCAACACUGUCAUCUUCGCCAGGGACAAGUGGCUGGUAUGAUGGGUGUAGUUCUUGUGAAGCCUCCUGGACAAAUAAGGUUUUUGACGCAUAAACACACCGGACAGUGAUAAAGUAGAGAGGAUUUAUUGCACGUGUGAAUGUGUAUGUGUCUGCUGCUCAUAUGCUGUGGUCAUACAUGAGUGAUUCGGUUUCUUACCUCAGUAGCUGCCCGCAGGCUUUAAACUCGGCACAUGUGAUCUUAUAUUACAUGCCAGGUGUGUGAACAAUAAAGAUGAUGGAUGACCUUUGUGUGUGUGCAUGUGUGUGUGUGUGUGUGCUCAAUGAUUCCUGAAAUUUCUCUCGUUGGCAGAAACCUGGCGGCCUCAUGUUUCCUGACAGAGCAGCUCUCUACGUGGUCGCCAUUGAGGACAGGCAGUAUAAGGACUUCAAGAUUCAUUGUGAGUAUAUAUGGUAAAAUCUCCAUCUCCAACACUUUUGCUUAGUCAUUCCUGUCUGUGCCUUGUUUGUGUCUUCUCCUCUGCUCCGUGUUGCAGUGCAUUAUUAAUGACCACUGUCAGUUGAUGAGAAAUCAAAUUAGAUAUAAAACAGUACAGCUGGAUUUCACUGUUUGGCAUUCCUCGUGAAAGCUGGAGCGCAAAGGUUUUGGUUGAAGUAGCCAAAAUACUUAAAUUACUGUGUGUUUUCAAACAACUGUUUAAUGUUAGUCAAGUAUUUAUCUCUUUAAAGCUCUGUUUUUGUCUAUCAAGCGGCUAAAUAAGCCACUCUCUUCAAUAGCUACUUCACUUUGUUUGCUAUUUUAUGUUUGCCAUGAUUAUUUACUAGAACUUUUGUCUAAAACAGUGGUUCUCAAUCCAGUCCUUGAGCCCCCCAAUGUCCUGCAUGUUUUGGAUGUUUCCCUGCUCCAACACACCUGAUUCAAAUGAUCAGCUCGUUAGUAAGCCAUUACAGAGCUUGAUAACGAGCUGUUCAUUUGAAUCAGGUGUGUUGGAGCAGGGAAACAUCCAGAACAUGCAGGACAGUGGGCCUCGAGGACUGGAUUGAGAACCACUGGUCUAAAAGAAGCUGCUUUUGUUAGAUAAGUAAUGACAGAAAUGUUUUAAACACUUGCUUACAUUACUAAGGCUCCAUUAGUUUUGUUGGCUCAACUCUCUGAAUGACCCAUCUAAUGCAAAACAUAGUUAUUUAAUCAGUUUUGAAUGAAAACGAAAUCAAAGUCUGGUCUUUUCUGACAAGCAAUAAGCCAUUAAUACUGACAUUUAGUUUGUCAGGUUGUGAGAAAUUUGUUUGGUGUGAUGUUUUAAUUCAGACUGUGAGAAAUGAGUAAUUCAAUAAUAAAAUGUCAUAGAUCUGACACCUUGUUUAAUGAGCUAUCAAGUCUGCUGUCAUUAAUGUGAGUAAGUGAAUAAUAAAAAGUGUCUCCAGCAAAAUAAUGAUAAUAAUGAUUUUGCAGGAGUGGGUUGAAAGGUGUAAAUAAACUGAUUAAUGUUAGCUAAAUAGAGAGUAAGGUAUGUGACAGAAAAGGUUUUUUUUAGGGGGUUUUAAAACUUUUUGGUUCAAAGUUUUUACUCAGAAAUGUCCACUAAUAAAACAGAAGCUGUUUACCAUAAAUUAGCCACGAGUUUCCAUGUGGAAAUCAUAUGUUGGCUUUCAAUAGCAGGGGUGUGUCCACACUUUUUGAGGGGGGUGGCCCUACUGGAGCACUGACUCAUUAAGUAUAAGUGCACGGACAAGCAUAUGAAUGAGUGAAUAUUAUUUAUCUGCUCAGCUUCCACAAAAUCAUGACCACUUUAGCUCGAACAUGUAGUUGAUUCCGAUCCUGCUGCUAACAAGGCAAAUAUCUAAUCAUAGUAUGAGGUUUGAACAAUCAUAUUUCAAGGGGGCCCCCCGCCGACCCCUUGCUGCACCCCUAGUCAUUAGCCUGCUCUACUUUCCUCUAAAUAUACUCUUGUUUUCAAAUAUCUAUCACUGCAGGUAUGCUGAGCUUAGAUCCAGGUAAUGCCCCAAUAUUAAAGCUGCCAUUCGCGUUUGUACUCAGCUUCUAAAUCUGGGUUAGUAACUCCUACUGAGUUUAGUUUUCCUGCACAGGUGGUUGUCUUUGUUCUUUUACAUCUUGACAUGCAUAAAAAAAAGUACACACUCUCAGAUAAGUCCCAAAAGAAUUCAGUCUACCCAAACCCUCCCGCCCUUAUUUUUAGUUUCUCUCUGCGUCGGUGGCAUUUUCCAACUUCUCAUUGUUCAGACUUAGUGUUUUGGCCCUCUGACAAGGUAAGGUGGAGUGGAGGGACAGAGGGAAUGGAGGUGGGAAAGCCUGCUUGGUGUGUUUUCAGCCCAAAUUAUAAUGAAAAGCAAGCCAGACAUGGAGGUGGAGGAGGCCUGAGUCUAUUUUCAAGAGGGCUUGUGUUUCUCCACAUUGGGGCUAGAUGGGCGGAUAAACAGUAAGGACUGUUUUCCUUCCAGGGUUAAGUGCUUUGCUUUGCUUCGGUUUCUCUGCUUACAUUUUUGCACUGACAAUUUGGCAGGAACAGAGAGAACAGUGCUCUGCAGGACUAUGAAAAUUCAGGACAUUAAUAUCCAGACAUUACCUGCUGUGUGCAAAUGUAUUCACUCGGUUUCUAUGCCUCAGAUGUGUGUGCUUAUGAAUGCACAGGGUGGGAGAACGUCUAUGGCUUUGACAUGAGCUGCAUUCGCAACGUGGCCAUCAAAGAGCCUCUGGUGGAUGUGGUAGAUCCAAAGCAGGUGGUGACUAACGCCUGCCUCUUAAAGGUUAGUCUGUCUCCUUGUUAAGAACACACAAGCAUGAAAAAGACGUAUGUACCCACGCCACCGUGUUUCUUUUAUAUUGUUUUGUAUCUUGCAAAAAUAGGAGUCUUCUUUGGUCUAACUGAGUGAAUUCCUAAAAAAAAAAAAGAUCACAGACAGCUAUCAAUCUCAGAGUCUCUGAACAUCCCGAGUUGGCUGGGUCUAUUUUUCUCCUACAUAAUAGAGGUAUCUGUACAGGUGUAAUAGUCUGUGGAUCUGUUUCUGUUCCUGAAUGUACAGAAGCGGCUUUUCCUUUUACCUCACAAAUAAAAGGAGGAUAAGAGCACUAUGGGAAGGGAUGGCUUUUUUUGUCGUUUGCCUCCCCUCAUUCUUUCUAUUAAUUGUUUUUUUCCUUUGUCGCUGUUCCUUUAUUUUUGCUUCAUACUGUUUUUUUUCCUUCGUAUGACCUAUCCUGUCUUUUCCCUCAUUUAUGUCCCGUAUCAAUUUAAAUUUCUGUUUCUUACUCUCUCCUUUCACAUCAUAUUUCCUACAUUUCACCCUCCAUCAAAUCCUCUGAUUGAAACCAUGUCAGGCCACACCGCUCACAGCACAUAAGAGGCGCCUCUGUCUUGAAAUUGUCAUACAAGAACAGGGAUUGAGUAAGAGAUGUUAAUAAAUGGGUUUUCCAUUAGUUUAACAAGUGCUAACCUCCCUUUUGUGCUCAAAAGAGUGAUUUAUGUGUUAGAUUACUUAUUUAUGUCACGCUGGUCUGAAAUUAUUUCUCACUGUCUGUGUUUCUUUCACAUGUGGGUCUUCAGGGCUUUUUCACCCUUUUUCCCCGCAGCUGACAGACACUUCACCCCAUCUUAAUUUAAACUGCCACUCAUUCCCCACAUGCUAAAAUUACAAAGUCACUCCAGGGGAUCCUUUUUUUUUUUUUUCUCAUUUGCCGCCUACAAUUCGCUGUAUACGAUACCAGCUUUGUAUCAUUGGAAAAGACAGAAGUGUCUAAUCACAAUCUGUCAUACUAAAGCCACAUGGCCGGGGAGGAUGAACAUGUUGCGCAGGAGUCAAAUUUUCCCUCCAGUUCUCUUAAGAAUAGCACCAAGUACUUGCAAAGCAGAGCCGCACCUGCUCCGCUCCUAUUUUGAUCCCAGUGUUCAGCCUGCCAUGUUACAAAAAUGGGAUACUUAAAUUUGUGGCUGUAUUCAUGAGGCAGCGCUUGAUAUAGACACAAUCUAACACACAGACGCUCUGUUCACUCACUCAGCCUCCCUCCCUUGCAGACUUGAGGGAGGACACCCACACAGCAUGUGUACUGUGAGCAGGCUUUGCUUGCCAGCCGUGAUUCAACCUGUGGGAUUUCACACACACAUACACUCACACAUGCACAAUAACCAUGGUGAAUUAUCAAGAAAGGAUUGACAUACACAUGAACUGCAUGUGUGGGGGGGUAGCAGAGGGAGGAUGAAAACCUGUGUGCAUACAAAUGUAACGUCAAAGUUCAUGAAUAAGAAAAGCAAAGAUGUGUCUCUGAGGUGAAGUAUUUAUAAAAUAAAGUAAAUUAUGUCUCUUUUUCCGUCUUUUCCAGGAGGUGGACAUCUACACUGUGAAGCCAGAGGACCUGUCCUUCACCUCAGCCUUCUGUCUACAGAUCCAGCGCAAUGAUUAUGUCCACGCUUUAGUCACAUACUUCACUAUUGAGUUCACAAAGUGUCACAAAAAGACUGGCUUCUCCACUGGUGAGUUAUAUUGUUGUACAGGUAAUUCUUAUUAUGAUGUCAACUUUACAUUUUCUAUGUUCCUAUAUGCCUAAAAACUCUAACUCCAAGCCAUGUCACCACAACUGAGGUACCUUUCCUUGACACUUAUACCUGUGGAUGGGAUUUUGACAUUCUUGCACCUACGUCAUGCUGUUGUUUUCAAUUUUGCUCUGUAAUUUCAUACAAAGAAAUAUCUAUGCAACUAGCGUUGUAUAACAAAGCAAUUACACAAACAUAAAGUUACAUGUUUUUUAACCCUCCUCCUGUGUUUGGGUCUGCACCAACCUGUUUUUGUUUUUAAAUGCUUAAAAGAACAUAAAUUAGCUUUUUCGCAUCAAAACUUUUUGAUCUUGGCAGGAAUCUCUAUUUCAACACAAUAAAAAAAUAAAUUGAUUAAAUUAUAAAACACUCUUAUUAGAAUUAUGGCACUUGUCCUGUUAGGGUCGCUGUUGACCCAGUUACAUUAAAACCUAAUCAUUAGAGCAAAGGGUCAAAACCGACCCUUAACAUAGUGGAUGCAUAGAAAAAGCUAAGACGAGAGGAAGGUUAAAAAGAAGGCAUAAAGUGAGCCAAAUAAGCACGUAGGUGUCCACUCUCUAACAGAACUUCAAACCUGUAGGUGUCAGAAGGAGGUAGGCUGGCGACCUUAAGGCCUGUGUCCACUAAAGAGUUUAUUUUUUGUUGAGAUUUCUGUGCUGGCAUCAUCCAGGAUCUAUUAAACUGAACAGAAAAAAGGAUUGACCUGGACAGAGAGAUAAUGGCAUAUAUAUCAUCCAGUUUAGUUCAAAAGAUAACACCAUUUACAGACUUCCAACUAUAUAUUCAAUUCUGUAGAUAAGAAAGACUUUUUAGUGAUGAAUAGAAUGAGCUAAAACCAGCCACAUAUAAACCAUGUCAGCUGCAAUAGAACCUUCACUUAUUAACUUUAUCCGUGGUAAUAGUACAACAAUGUUCUUUGUUUAUGAACUUAAAAAUAUAAAAAAUAUCAGUUUAAAAAAUAUCUUACUCACCAAUAGUAGAACCACAAUAGUUACAGAAAAAUACCCAAACGAAAGUAAAUCAACCAUGGAGAGGAGUAGUAGCCUGUUGUUCGUAUGCUUUUCCCUGUUUUCUGAGUCCAGCUGCAUGGAGCUUCGUCUAACAGCAGGGUUUGGCAUUAGAUGUAGUAAAACCAUGAUGCUACACUCAUAGAUUUCAGCAAGAAGCACUAAUUGAGGCCAAGGGUCAGUAAGCACAAAAGGGAAGAAAAAAAAAAGGAAUGAGAAAAAAAAAACAGUUUUUAGUGGCCACAGACCCCAAUUUAUAUAUUUAAAGAAAGUGUUUUAAAUUCAUAAAUAACAGCAAAAAUACUCACAAGUAGUGGAUACAACUGAAUAUUGUAAACCUUUUAGAAAUGCUGUGUUCAUUCUGCUCGAAUCGUUUUAUGGAGGUAAAUGUGGAAAGAAUUUUGAUCAUUAGGUGAAACAGUCCUUAAAAUGUUGAGAACAGAAUCAAAGAACAGAGAAAAAUCCAUCUAGUAUUCCUUUUUUUUUUCUCUAAAUCUUUGCCCAAAAGCAUGUUUGAGCUGUAAAUAAAUCUGUGUCUGUUCAAAGAAGUCUCUGCACUCAGCCUCUUAGCUCUUGGCUACACUCUGCUGGUGUUAGCAUGAGCCGACCAGGUCUUCAUGGCACCAGAACCACCAAACAUUUCUGAUUCUUGGCGUUGAGGGCGCCUGUCAUAGGAAGAGUAGUUCAGCUGUUAUGUAAGCUUAUGUUAAUGUAUUCAUGCAUCCAUGCUUACAUAAUGUUGUGUAGAGGAGGUUCUAUGUUUGGCUGAGUCUGUUGGACCUGAGGCUGAGCAUCACUGAGGGACUUCUUUCUUCUGGGUGACUUUCAGCUGCUCUGCUGUGAAAACUCCUCCAUGUUAACAGGCCCGAGGCAGAUGAGCGCCCAGUGGAACUUUUUUUGUAAAUGUGACAAUUCCCCAAAUCCUCCUUAACUUCUCUUACUUGUAGCUUCUUCUUCUUUCUGCCACUUCUUGCUUCUUCUAUAUUCUCACCCUUACUUUACCCUCUCUAUAUUCUUUUUAUGUCCGUCCCUGAUGCUCAUAUUUAUAUUCUUUUUCUACCUCUCCUUUCCUCCACCUGCAGCUCCAGAUGCCCCCAGCACGCACUGGAAGCAGACAGUGUUUUAUUUAGAGGACUAUUUAACUGUCAAGAAGGGAGAGGAGAUCUUCGGCAGUGUUGCUGUCCGGCCCAAUGAGAAGAACGUGGUAAGACUUUUUUUUAGAAAAUGAGCGCAAAGUGUUCAGAUGUAGACAUUUAUCGAGGUGUUUACUGAAACACUGGUGCACAUUGAUUUGGAAUCAGACCUCUGUUCAUUAUCCUGUGUAAAAGGCCACAGCUGGAAGUGAAUUAAUGCUCUGAAAAGUUCCGAUUUGUUUAACUUUGGCACGUCUAAACGCUAAGGACCACUAUUUUAGAGAUUAGGGUUAGUCAAGACAUUUUUUGUUUGAUUUUUUACAUUUGGACAGAGGCAGAGCUGAGCUAGCAGUCAGCUUGUUGCACCGCAAACUGUAGAAAUACAGGGAGUAUGAUAUCUCUUCAAAAGCUGACACAAGAGCUUUACCUUGUGACUGGCUGAAGCUUUAAGCCAAACAUAGAUCAAACAAGUGAAUUAAAGUCUUUGGAAUGCUCAGAGUUCUCAGUUUAUCUCUAAACAGCAUUUUACAGUUACAUUUUCCUUAGUGGCACAAGAAGAAUUUAAUAGACUAUUAUAUGGUUUAAAGCUCCUGUGAGGAGUUUUUUUAUGUUAAUUAAAUAGACCAGAUUUCAUAUUGAGGCUCUUUAGUGAUAUCUAGAAGAAAACAAAACCAUCAGUGAUGAGACUGAUGAUGUUUGUUUUGUAUAUUUUAAUGCCUGAAACCAAAGGAAGGGGGUAGGUGUCAGCCGAGCAGCUAAAACAACCCUGUUUUUACAAUAUCCACGUAAAAAAUUCUCAAUAAAUUAGACAUUUUGUUGUCAAAUGUCAGCUGGAUCAGAUUUUUUUUUUUGAGGAGACACUACUAAAGCAAUGACUGCUUUGCCCACAAGGGGCACUAAAAAUGACACAAAGCAAAAGUUCCUCACAGGAGCUUUAAGUAAUGACAAUUUGUCAUGUUUGUUUAAAGGCUAAGGCCCAAUCCCAAACGUCCCCCUACACACUCGCCCUAUACACUCUCCCUCUGUUUGCGCGUCCCCACGGAGGCUCUGCCAUAUUGAAAGCCGUCCCAAACCACAGAGUGCGGAGGGCCAGUGGACUGUUCAGCCCUUCAAUAGCAAGUCUGCACCGGUGCACACCCCCAACGGGAGACAGGAUUUGCAGGUAGUGCGCUGGCAAAAAUGGAGGAGGAGGAAACAACAUACAAAUAUAACUUCUGUAUGUGUCCACCUUUGUCUUACUGACAAAAAAAAAAAAUAAAUGUUUUCCGAUGGAGUGAGGAGGGCGUCCCAUACCCGCCCAUCUUGUUUAUACACUCCCUUUUAAACUGAGGCGCACUCCACAGCUGCGAGUGUAACUUCAUUACGAGUGACACUCGGUAGUGAAGGGCAAGUGUGUAGGGGCGGUUUGGGACCGGGCCUAAAUCUCCUAAAUGAGAGAAUUUUAGUAAAAAUACAUUUUACUCAGAAUCAAAUUUUGUAAUUCACAUCUUUGUUGUUGUUUUUAGCGUGACCUCGAGUUCACCCUUGAGCUGGACUUCAAAGGACAACUAUGUGAUGCAGCCAUUUCCCACGACUACAAGAUGCGUUAAGAACAACAACUACCAACCAACUACCCUCAGCCCUUCAGGACCCACUUGGAGAGUCAGAAGGAGGGCGCACAGGCUCUCCACAAGCAUUCCACUUGGCCAGUGAGGGCAGAAGCAUCUGAUUGGAUGCCACCAUGCCAGCACCUUCAGGAUGUCAUCAGAAGAGGCAAGUAACUGUCAGCAACAGUGCUAUCACCUGCACCAACUCAGUCGACUCGGGCACAUUUGAAUGUAACAUCCUCAAUGGACCUGUCACUAGUUUCUGAAGAUGUAAUUAUUUUGAAAUAGAAUGAAGAAUGUGAAAAAGUUUGUGUAUUGUCAGUGCAGCGUGUUAGAAAGUUGAUCUGUGUGUGAUGUUAGAAGGUCACCGCAUAGUCACUGUCUGUUUUGCUUUGGUCAUCUUUGAGAUUAAUUAUGCAUUGUAUAUUUGUAUAGAUGGAACAGUGAUCAAUUGUUUUAUUUUAUUUCCUUGCGCAUGUAUGAUUUUUUUCCUUAUUGAUCUAAAAAAAAAGAUAAAAUGUUAUUUAUUUCCUUAUUUAAUUGAGGAUGACCCACAACUUGACUUUGGUGCCAGAAAACCACAGAACAAUGCCUCAGAACAGUAACAAACACAGAUGCAAUAUGUCACGUACCACUUUGUUUUUGAACAUCUGACAGAGAAUGAAAAGAGAUAAAAAAAGACGACAAAGAAUAAAAUAUCAAUGAGCAGAGUGUCCUUUGCUUUUUUAAACUGAAAUAAUUUAUUUCACCGCUUUAAUUAACAUACACUGAACUUGAUACAUUCUGAGAAAUUUAAACUAAGAUGCCAUUAUAAAGAUAUGCAAAAAGCUACAGUAUAUUCCUGAUUUAUCUCUCAGUUAAGAUUGUCAUUUGAAUAAAUUAUAAUACAUGAUAUAUUUGUCAUUUUAAAUCUUAUAAAUAGCUCUAGUGUGAUUUGGCGACAUUAUUUACAGGCGAAGCUUCUCCUCUAAGCUUCAUCUUCUGAGCUUGACAGCAAGUUUUAUCGUAACGUUGGCAACACUCCCUCAUUUUAGCAUUUCUGGUUAAGAUGAAAACUGCUUACAACUUCAAAACCCAAUGUCCAAC